AUCUGAAUUGUGGAGUGACGUACGUGGCUGUGAUGAUGCGAUUGAAGACGGCGCUGUCGUACGUCACAGGAAGAAGAUCUUAUUAGCUGGCUACUAAAGCUAGUUAAUCAUUAAUUUCUAGAGAAAUGGCUGCAUGAGCAAUUAUUUGUGAGCGGAUUCAGAUUUUACAAGCCCUUAUAAAUUGAGUAAUCCCCCCUCUCCAAAACUUCACAAUUAAUAUUUCCAACUUCCUCUCGCUAUUCUGCUGCACAUUAGGGUUUAUUCUUAGCUAGGAAAUCCAAAAUAUGGCAUCAAAAUCAUCAGUGGCUUUUUGCUUGAUUUUUCUUGUGGCUUCGUGCUUGAUGCGGAUAGAGGAAGCUGCUAGCACUGAAUGCAGGCGCACUGGCCAUGGGUGCCUUGGUGGUGAGGAAGCUGGUCUCCGGGGAAAUCAAAACAGAAAGAUGCUGGUUGCUGGGAUCGAAGGAAAAAAUAAUGAGGUUGAUGUUGGUACGAGUAGGAAGCUGCUGCAGGAUGAAGAAGCUGACGGCGAUGAUGAUAUUAUGAAUGGCAAGAACAAGUUGGAGGUUGGGUCUGAGUUAAGGAAGGUUCCUUCUGGUCCUGACCCACUGCACCACAAUGGAAAUGCCCCCAAAAAGCCUCGCACUGAUCCUUAAAAGUUAGGGUUUUCCCAUCGAACGGUCGAGCAAGAGCUAGUUCGUUACGUCUAUGUACAAGAUCUUAGCUUGGUUACUUCAUGCACUAGCUACCAACCAACGGUGACUUUUUGUGUUCAGGAAAUGGAGGGCAGGGCAUAUAUCACUAUGUAAAAUAUGUUUUAUUGUAUGGAACAUAUAUAUAUAUCAAUGCUCUGCAUAUUUUGGUAA